GUCGUUUUUUCGAGUUCCACUGGAUGCUGCCUUAAUCCAUAGAAAAAGAAAGGGAAACACAAAACAGAGUAAUAUUGCCAAAAUUAAAAUACACAAAACAACCCACAUGGUUUGUUGGGUAUUUAAUCAGUUUCUUUCUCCAACAGUCUCAAUUCAUUUCAUACUCUUCCAACUUUUCCCCUUUGUUCUAUUCUACACACACAUACAAAUCCUACCUUUUGACUCAAAACUGAAACCUGUGUCCAGUGAGAGGCAGCAAAAAUGGCUACUCAGGAAAAACAGAGGAGAAAAGGGUUCUUCAGGUUCUACAAGUUCGGGUCUUGGAGCAGCAAUACACUGGCCAAAAAGCAGCAGCAGGCAGCUGAUCAUCAAGAACCAGUGGUUAUGGCGGCGCCGCCGAGUAUAAGGGCAGUGCUGAACAGUCCACUUUCGAUAAGGGCAGGUGGCGGUGGCUGCAGUUAUGAGGUGGAAGAAACUGUGGUGAGAACCUGUCAGGAGACUGUGAUUCCGGUGGCGGCCAGGCGAGGGUUUGACGGCGGCGGAGCGGUGGUGGAGAGGGGAAGGAAGUCGGUUUCUCAUGUGGAGAACAACUUGGGAUCGGUGGCGGAGUUUCUUCAGGUGAAGGUUCUGGUGACGGACAUGCCUGGUUUCAUGCAGGUUCAUGCCUUCAGGUGCGCCCGGAGGACUUUUGAUAGCUUGGAGAAGUUCAGCUCCAAGCAUAUGGCUUACAACCUAAAAAAGCAGAGAAUGAUUUGGAUCAGUGAUCCAACAACCCAUGUGGAGUUUGACAAGGUGUAUGGGCCUGCCUGGCAUUGCAUUGUGGGCUCCAGUUUUGGGUCAUUUGUUACACAUUCAACCAGCUGUUUCCUCUACUUCUCCAUGGAGAAGCUCUACAUCUUGGUCUUCAAAACCAAAGUUCAGAUUCAGAAGGCUGCAGAUUGAGAAUCUCAUCAGUAUGAAAGUGAAAAAUCAUAAAAAAAGCUCCCUUUUCUGCUCUGUAAAUUUUGCAAGGGAUCAGAGAAUACAGAUCCUGAUGUUAGUAGAGCUCUUUUUACCUUCUUCGUACUCAGUGUUUUUACUUUUUACCUUGUUGAGUAUUUUCUACUUACCUUCUAUACUUGAUAUCUGUUUCUGUGUUGUUGACUUCUCAG